AUGGUUUCCCGUUCAUUGGGAAGUCUCGCGUAUGGUUUGAGGGCGCUGACCGUGGGACAAAAAGUUCGAAUGAGUUUACAAAUUGUACACAAAUUAUCCAUUAUCGAUAUGCCAAUCUAUCAGGCGCUUUGUUUUGCUGAAGAUGGGGGAACGUGGUCUGAUUGGGAUGCUAGUUGGAGCGAUUGUUCAGUAACUUGUGGUGGCGGAACGCAGACUAGAAAAAGGGUCUGUCUCGUUGAACCAUGCGUUGGAAGUGAUACCGAAGAACAAACUUGUAUGGACGUCGAUUGCCCAUUGGAAAUAGACUAUGGUCAUAAGGGAUGUUGGGCUUGCACAGAGAAAAUGGUUAAAUUGGAAAAUACUCGUAAUGGGUAUAUUGAUGCAAACGACCCAGCUAGAGGAUGUGCAAGGGCUGCAUAUUCUGGAGGAUAUGACUAUUUUGUGUUGAAAGACAAUGGGGACUGCUACGCCGUAUCAACUUCAGCAGAUUAUGAAGAAGGGGGUGCAGACGAAUCAUGUCGAUUUGGAGAAGGAACUUCGACUGGUUGCGAUGUCUAUGAAAUCACACCAUGGAUGUGUCCAGAUGGUACUGAAUCUGCUGGUUUGUGUAUGGGUCCUCCUUUUCGAACUCCACUGCCUCCGACUGUUUGCCGCGCAACAGAAUAUUGUCACAAGGUUGGAGGGACAACAACGACUCCGGUUGCGAUCUGUUGUGAAAAAAAAUUCUGCAAAGAUAACUGUGGAAAAAAGAUUAUUGAGCGAGAUUGCUGGUGUGAUGACGACUGUGUAAAAUAUGGAGACUGUUGUGACGAUCAUAUGGUCGACUGCUCAGGUUACGGUAGCUGCUCUGGAUGCGGUGAUCCACAUUACACGAAUUUUGAUAACAGACGUUUCGACUACCAGGGAAAGUGUGAAUAUGUUAUGAUGUCCAGCAGAUGCCCACAACCAUACAUGCAGCUUGAAAUAAUCGUGAAAAAUCGUGAUUGGCCUUAUCCUGGAAGCCCAGUAACCACGACCAAAGAAGUCCAUGUGAUAGUGGAAGGCAUAGAUAUAUUGCUGAUGCAGGGCAAUAAACUGAUGAUUGAUGGUACACUCACCGCGGUGCCUGUUGACGUUACCCCAAGAACUAGGGUGACGCUAGCCGGGAUAUAUCUGGUUGUAACAACUGGGUAUGGAAUUGUUGUAUAUUUUGACGGAAUAUACAACCUUCGAAUAGAAGCAUCCAAUCUACAUCGUGGACGAUUAUGCGGACUUUGUGGAAACUUUGAUGGUAAUUGGGGGAAUGAUUUUACAAGGCCUGAUGGCACUCUGACUAAUAACGCUGCGACAUUUGGCGAUAGCUGGAUAAUAGCAAAUGCAGAUUGUAACCCAGCUCGGAGAUCAGUUGAGAGACUAGUUACCCGUAGCUCAGCUAAAACAAUUUGCAACGAUUUAUUCAAUGCAGGGAAUAUUCGCGACUGUGCCGGCACAGUUGAUCCGGGUUUUUACCAAGACUCCUGUAUUAUGGACGUUCAGUACUCUCUGCCUAGUACCACUGAGGGCUGUAGUGUAGUUGCUGACUAUGUAAACCAGUGUAAUGUUGCUGGUGUUGAAAUCGGUGACUGGCGAAGUGGCACCCAGUGUGAAAUCGACUGUCCCGUCGCUGGAACGGCCUAUAAUCACUGUGGUCCACUUUGCCCACCGACAUGCUUGGAGCCCCACCCGUUACAAUCAUGUGUUGAAAAAUGUACCGAAGGGUGCUUUUGUGCGGACGGAUUAGUCUUGGAUGAAGGUGGAGUCUGUGUUGAGGAAUCUAAGUGUGGUUGCUACUAUUUGGAAACGCUGUACAGGUUUCAUGAAGAACUGCCAAAUGAGAAAUAUUGUUGUUGCAACGUUACGGACAAGAUAUGUGUGGGUGAACGGUAUUUUGAGGUUAUUACACAGAAAAGGAAUUGGACUACAGCAAAAAACACUUGCGAAGUUAGAGGUGGGAUGCUUGCCAAGAUCGACACACAUUCAGUCGAUAAAGCAAUUAGAAGAUACAUAUCCGAAUAUGGAAUUGAUAAUAAUAACUUCUGGUUUGGUUUAAAUGAUAUUGACACGGAAGGGACAUUUUACUGGACUGAUGGAACUGCCCUUGGUGACUUCACGAGAUGGGCAGAAAAUGAGCCGAACAAUAACGUCAACAAAAACCCACUAGGUCAAGACUGCGUGCAGUUAUGGAAAAAGAAUGCAUUUAAGUGGGACGAUAGUUAUUGUGAUCGGCGUGCUGGAUUUGUAUGCGAAUACA